AUGACUUCGCUGUCAAUUUGGGAUACUCUUCCAAACUGGCCUCAGCUUCUGAAGGCAUGCCGAGAUGCAGGACAUUCACCUUUGCUUCAUGAGGCUGCUUGCCGGAAUCCUGUCGAAGCUGAACUUCAGCUCUGUCUGGCUCUUGAUCUAGUACUUCACUUGAUACCAAUACCGCACAAGCGAUGCGACAUCGACGCCUCACAGAUGGUCCUUGAAUCCUGGUGCGCCCCAACACUUCUUUUGGAGAUAUCGUUCCUGCUAUCUCUGCAGAUCGGCUUCGAACAGAACUUCAUCGCGACGCGUCUUGAGUCCAAUUACAAGACCCAAAAGAGCCCUGUAUCAGUAUUUAUUGUCACUACCUCCCCGUGUCGGGAUUGGCAAAGAGGCUGCUGGCGCUCCACAACCUGCUGGCCACCAACAGACAAUAUCAUGGGCUUCAACGCAUCUGGCUUUAAUGUCUAUGGGCAGGAGAGCAUUGGAGUGGCCGAUAUCCUAGCAGGAACAUAG